ACAAUAAAAUUAGAAGUGAAGGCACAUUUGUAAUUACAGGCUGGAGUAAAGACUGUGUUGAGAGGGAGGGAGACGGAGGAAAGUCCUGCCCUUUCUGAAAGAUUUCCUGUUUCACUAGGCGAGCAGAAGUAAGCGACUCGAGCCCACGGAUUCCCUCACAGUGACUGUUCACUUCAGCAGCAUGAGACGCUCUCCUUUCCUCAGGAUCAGACGCUAAAAUCACCACGCUUUCUGGUCAAACCACGCCAGCUUGGUCACGUUCACAUUAAUGCGAGGGAUACGGACAGGAUUGCGGUUCUAAUGGAGCAAUAUUGGCUUUCUCUGCUCUGUUGGGGGACUUUUUUGAUUUCUUCGGUUGUCAUGGAUCGGAGCGGAGUCGAUGGAAUGCAUCCUUUAUAUAAUCCAAUUCGGCUUCCUCAACUGUGUAAGUUCUGUGACGUGGAGGCGUCCAACUGUAAAGGCACCGGCACCUGUGAAAGCAACUGCAGCAUCACAUCCAUCUGCGCCGAUGCUGAUGAAAUCUGUGUGGCUAUCUGGAGGAAGAGUGAUAACAACAACACGAUCGAGACGUUGUGCCACAAACCCUCCGAGCCCCUCUACGGCAUCAUGGUGGAGAACUACAACAACACCAAGUGCGAAAUGAAAAAGAGGAUGUCAAACAGAGGCCCAUUCCACAUCUGCUCCUGCAACGCCGAGGAGUGUAAUGACAUGCUGAUGUUCACACUCCCUUUUGGCCCAGACCCCACAAAUAACCAGGUGGUGUUGGUGAUCCUGGUCAGUUUGUUGCCCCUCCUGGUUCUGACUGUGCUGGUCAUCGCCUCCUUCUACUGGUACCGCAUGUACCGUCGCCGCAAACUCAAUGAGUGGGAGACCAAGAAGCCAUCCAAACGCAAGGGCCCCAAAGGCCCGCUGGACUGUAGCGACGCCUGUGCCAUCAUGAUGGACGACGACCGCUCCGACAGCAGCUCCACGCACGCCAACAACCUCAACCACAACACAGAACCUCUGCCUAUCGAGCUGGACCUUCAGGUGGGCAAGGGCCGCUUCGCCGAGGUGUUCAAAGCCAAGCUGAGACAAAGCCCCUCGGAACAGUUCGAGACGGUGGCGGUGAAGAUCUUCCCCUACGAAGAGUACGCUUCCUGGAAGAACGAAAAGGACAUUUUCUCGGACAUCGAUCUGAAGCACGAGAACAUCCUACACUUCCUGACGGCUGAGGAGAGGAAGGUGGAGAAACAGUACUGGCUGAUCACCGCCUAUCAUCCACGCGGGAACCUGCAGGAGUACCUCACUCGACACCUCAUCAGCUGGGAGGACCUGCGGCUGCUCGGGGGCUCGCUGGCCCAGGGUGUGGCUCAUUUGCAUAGUGACCACACCCCUUGCGGGCGGCCCAAAGUGCCCAUCGUCCACCGAGAUCUGAAGAGCUCGAACAUCCUGGUGAAAAAUGACCUCACUUGUUGCCUCUGUGACUUUGGACUUGGCCUCCGCCUUGACAACUCUCUGUCAGUGGAUGACUUGGCCAACAGUGGACAGGUGGGUACAGCCAGGUACAUGGCUCCAGAAGUGCUGGAAUCAAGGAUCAACCUUGAGAACAUCGAGUCAUUCAAGCAAACCGAUGUCUACUCCAUGGCCCUGGUGCUGUGGGAGAUCACAUCCAGGUGUAACGCUAUCGGUGAGGUUAAAGACUACGAACCUCCAUUUGGCUCUAAAGUCCGAGAGCACCCCUGUGUGGAGAGCAUGAAAGACAAUGUGCUGAGAGACCGGGGCAGACCAGAGAUCCCCAACAGCUGGAUGAAACACCAGGGUGUGGCUGCGGUCUGUUCCACCAUCAACGAGUGCUGGGAUCACGAUCCUGAGGCCCGGCUCACGGCGCAGUGUGUGGCUGAACGCUUCAGCGAGAUGGAUGACGACCUAGACAAGUUGUCCACCUGCAGCAGCUCCGAGGAGAAGAUUCCGGAAGAUUGCUCCGUGAGCGUGAGCGAUGAGAAAUGAGAGAGAGAGAAAGGUCACUCUCACUCGCUCUCUCUCUCUGCAGAAACUGAAUGUUUGGAUCCUUCCAGUGAGGUGGAGUGGAAG